AUGUCGCUGCUGCGGGCGGCUCUUAGCCCUCAGCUCACGCUGCGGCUAGCCAGCGGCUCGCAGUGCUGCACAUCGGCGCAUCGUAUAGCCCCCCCUAUCGGAGUGCAGCUGCCCCUGGCCGCCGCUCCCAGCAGCAGCCGCAGGCGAUGUGCCAGCAGAAACCUGGUCGACCCGCUGCAGCUGCCGCUAGGGGGAGGCUUGCAACGGGCCCUGCGGCAUAGAACUACCGAGAGAGGGCAGCUGCAGACAGUAGCCAGCGGCGGGGGGGGAGGCCUGGGGCAUGGCGGCGGCGGCAACCAGCCUGUCGACUCGUGGGGCGCGCGGCUGCUGGUGGGCGUGGCGGUGACCUACAUGAUGCUCAUCGUGGUCAUCCCCUUUGCCAACGUCUUCAUCCAGGCCUUCUCCCACGGCCUGUCGCCCUUUGUGGAGACGGUCCAGGAGCCCGACUUCCAGCAGGCGGUCAAGAUGACGCUGCUGCUGUCGGCGGUGGCGGUGCCCGUCAACACCGUGUUUGGGGUGCAGGCCGCGCUGUUCCUGGCCCGCAACGACUUCCGGGGGCGCACCUUCCUCAUCUCGCUGCUCGACCUGCCCUUCUCCAUAUCGCCGGUCAUCACAGGCAUGAUGUUCGUGCUGCUGUACGGCCGCAAGGGCCUGUUCACGCUGGUGAUGCUGGCCGACUCGAUCCGGCUGCUCCCGCCUCGUCCCGCCCGUGCCGCUGCAGGCAUGGCGCUGGCCACGCUGUUUGUGACCAUGCCCUUUGUGGUUCGCGAGCUGCUGCCCAUCCUAGAGCAGAUGGACAUGGCGGAGGAGGAGGCGGCCCAGUCCUUGGGGGCCAACGACUUCCAGGUGUUUUGGAACGUGACGAUGCCCAACAUCCGGUGGGGCCUGCUCUACGGCAUCAUCCUCACCAACGCGCGCGCGAUGGGAGAGUUUGGCGCGGUGUCUGUCAUCAGCGGCAACAUCAUCGGCCAGACGCAGACGCUCACACUCUACGUGGAAUCGGCCUACAAGGAAUAUAAUGAGGAGGCGGCCUUUGCUGCCGCGGUGCUGCUCUCCUUCCUGGCCCUCUUCACGCUGCUGGUCAAGGACAGGCUGGAGGGCGCCGCUGCCCAGGAGACGUCCAAGUGAGGGAGCAGUCACUGCAGCCCUCUAGUUUUCGUCUCAAAUCCCCAUAGUGGCGGCCGGGGCGCCAGGGAGCUGGCGCUCCGCUCCGCUGCAGUGACUGUCUGAAGGUUAAGCAGGUUCUUGCCUACCUGCUUUUCCUUCUGCUUCUUCCUGCUCUUCCGCUCUCCCAUCUCCUUUGGCUCGGGUCCCGUUCUCGGCACACUGUUUCCCGCUGCAUUCCCCUGCUCGUGCUCGAUGCUCUCACUGAGCAUACAAUGCUCCCUAAUCAAUCCCUGGUCUGCAAACUUCAUACAUGC